AUGUGUAUAGAUAAUAUUCCACAUCAUGUUAUUUAUAAAUUAUGUAAAUAUUUAUCUUUCAUGAAUAUUAUGAACUUAUCGAGAAGAUGCAAACAAUUAUAUAUUUUAAUUGAAAACGAUAAUUAUUUUUGGAUGAUAUUAAUUCAAAAUCAUUUUGGAUCUAAAUUGUAUCAGCGUUAUGUUAAUGAAAUAUUUCAAAAUGAGAAAAAUUCUGAUUAUGCUUUAUAUCGUACAGAAGAAGAUAAAAAAAGAUUUGAGAAAUCGUUUCGAGGAUAUUCAGAUUUGAAUUUAUGUAAUAUGUGGUUAUUGAAUGUAUUAAAUAGCAAAGAUAAUAGUGACGGUUAUACAGCUCAUAGAAGUAUAAUUAAGCAAAAAACACGUCCACGCACAAGUGAAUUAAAAAUGUCUUUAACAAUGGAAGAAUUGUUUGAAUAUUAUUUGAAUGAAAAUAAAUAUUUAACUAAAGAAAAUAUUCUACACAUACCAAAUUAUAAAUUGAUUUAUUUUUAUUUAAUUCAACCUAAACGUUUACUAGGUGUUGAUUUAUUUGCAAUCGAUCUACGUUGUACACGAUAUCAUCGAGCCUGUUGCAACGUAAAAUAUCCAAUGCAAGAAUAUGAUUUAAAUAGUUCAAUAGGUCGAUGUCUUCGUUUACAUUCGAUUCGAGGGACCUAUUUAUGUGGUAUAAAAGGUAAAUUUAAAUCAAUUUUACCUGGAACCUAUGAAAUUACAUGUCGUAUUAGAUUGGAUAAGAAUAAUGAAUAUUUAACUUAUUAUAAUGAAUAUUGUAGUAAAUAUCAUCCAGCAGAAAAAAGUGUGCUAUGCCAUUUUUAUGCAUUAGCUGAUCAUGGUCUUGAUUGUGUAUGUGAUGAAAACAAAAUGAACUAUGAUUGGUUUGAAUCAAACUGUUUAUUACAUGAUAAUACUCAUUGGUUUACUGAAACAAUGGGUACUAUAAAAGUAUUCGAAGUAUCGGACAUUUAUUCUGGAUUUCGAACUAGAGCAGAUCAUGGCAUCGCAAUGUUUUAUUUGACUAUAUACAAUUAA